AUGCAUCCUUUAUGCAGCUGGACCCAUUGAUUGCUGGGGGCUGUAGCCUCCCUCAGGAGGAGUUAGCCGGACAGGGAGGAGCCUGGCGCUGAGGCUGAGAGGGAGGAGGCAGAAGAGGGAGUCUCCGAGGUUGCGGCCACCCUCCCAGGACACAUCUGUCUGCCUGCCCAGCUCAGGUCUGUCUUCCCAAGCUUUGGUCUCCACCUUGUGAGGCUCCUCCACCAGAAGCAUCCACUCCUGCGCUGAUUUCAGAAAUCCCUUGUGGCUGUUCCUCAACGUCCUUCCUCUUCUACCACAAACUGUCUCUGGGACUCGGGCCCUGAUUCAUUUGCAGCUUGGAUGGAGCCCCAGCAUCUGUGGUGGGCUGGCCAGGGCACAGGACUGACAGAGAUGGACUGAGCAGGCAGGCCUGUGCAGGCUCCAGGUCUAGCCCCACCAGCAGGGACCCUUAGGGAGAAACAGCCACUACUGGUUCCAAUGCCCCAGCAGCAGCCCAUCCUUCUCAGUGGUGUGGAGCUGGUGGGAUGCUGGGCCCCCCUUAACCCCGUCCACAUCCAUUCUGUCUGUGCUCCGCUGCAGAACCCACCUAUCCAUUUCCUGAGUGCUGGGUGGACACAGAGAGCCUGUAUCACCUGUAAUGGUACUCAGAAGUCCUGGGACUUCAUGAAGACACAUGACAGUGUGACUAUUCUCAUGUUCAACUCUUCCCAGAAAAGCCUGGUGUUGGUGAAGCAGUUCCGGCCAGCUGUGUAUGCAAACGAGGUAGAGCACCAGUUUCCGGGGUCUCUGGCAGCUGUGGAUCAGGACCAGCCCCAAGAGCUACAGCCAGCAUUGCCUGGUUCGGUGGGGGUAAUGGUUGAACUCUGUGCCGGCAUCGUGGACCAGCCUGGGCUCUCGUUGGAAGAAGUAGCCUGCAAGGAGGCUUGGGAAGAAUGUGGUUACCACUUGGUCCCCUCCGAUCUACGCCGGGUUGCCACAUACAGAUCUGGAGUAGGACUCUCUGGAUCCAGGCAGACCAUGUUCUAUGCAGAGGUAACGGAUGCCCAGCGAAGCGGGCCUGGUGGUGGCCUACAGGAAGAGGGUGAGCUCAUCGAGGUGUUGCACCUGACUCUGGAUGAUGCCCAGGCCUUUGCAGACAAUCCCAACAUCCCCAAGACCCUUGGCGUGAUCUUUGCUAUCUCCUGGUUCUUUACCCAGGUGGCUCCCCACUUGGGUCUCCAGUAAGACUGGGGCUGGACAGACCAAUCCUGGCUAUGUGUUCUCCUACCCUACAGACUCAAUAAAGCUUUAUAGCUUUCACCAAUUGCCA